AGGGAUCCGGAACCCCUUCAGGGAGUUUUGCUACCUAGGUAGAAUACUUGGUGGUGUGCGGUUCGCGACGACAUGGCAGGCUUGGCGCGCCGGCAUGGGGCUGCUCACGUGUUGUGGGGAGAGCUCCAGCCCUUCAGGCGCCACAGCGUACGACGGGCAUAGUUGCGCGUGAGCUCGUCAAAGACCGAGUGCAUCCCCAACAGCCGCUCACCUCCGCAUGCUCCAGACGACUACAGCCUUCAUCGCCAUCUCUGUUGUGCUGGCGCUGCCCCUUGCCUGUCUUCAACGCCUCCCGCGUCUGGCUGGCCGCGUGUCUGACGUAUUGCCUCGCGCUGCUGUUCGUCCAGUUUACAUAAACCACGUCCUGCCUGCCUACGCCUCCCGGCAGAUCAUGCCGCCAUCACCCACCUGAUCCCAAAGCAUGGCCGUCGACGACUUCUUGAGUCGAGAGACGGACGCCUUUGUGUUGCCUUCCAAGUCCUACUAUCCCCUCAAGAUCCCUAUAGCGCACUACCAGCUGCGACACUUCAUCAGCUCGCCGGAGCCCGAUAUUCUCUACUACGCCAGCGGCUGCGACAUCUACUGCCUGAAUGCGGCCACGCAUACACAGGCGCACCUAACCACGCUCCCGUGGGAAGCGCGCUGUACAGCGUCGGGCUAUGGCUAUGUGUGCGUGGGCGGCGCCGACGAUGGCAACUUUGCUGCCAUCAAGGUGACCGGCUUUCCUCCCGCUGACCCGGCCGACGUCGAUGCCUUGCUGCCUCUCGAACUCGCCAGCCGAUCCACCCUACCACGCCCGCCCAUGCUGGGCGCCGCCGACCGCGUCAAAUUUGAAAAGAUUGGCGACGACAUUGUCAACUCAAUAUCAAUACACAAGUUCCCUGCUGAGGGAGAAGGUCGAGAUGAGGUUGUGGCCGUCCUCACGAACAACGACAAGACCGUGCGCAUAUACUCUCUCACACAGAACCUGGAGGUGACUUCCCUGGAUCUGCCCUUUCCCAUGAACCAUGCGACCAUAUCUCCGGACGGGCAGCUCUUGGUUGCGGUUGGUGACCAGCACAACGGCUUCUUCUUCGAACGCGCCAAGUCCAAGAAGCCGAGCUCCAUGAAGACCCCAGAAGGCCGAUUACAGUCGAUCCCGCCAGAGUGGAAACUAUUUCAAGAGGUGUGCUUGUAUGUGCCUUCAGGGUCACCCAUCGAAGGGUACUUCACAACGGCAUGGUCGCCUUCAGGGCGUCUAUGCGCUGUAGGAUCGGAAUGUGGCUACAUUACGGUUUUUGAUGUGGAACUGCUGAAGAGAUGCGAAUACGGAGAAGACGCCAUCGUGCAACUAAUCAGCUCUACCAGACCUGACACCGCCAUAGGCCCUGGCGCGGUAAGGACUAUGCAAUUCUCACCUGCACCGUGGGACUUCCUCAUAUGGAGCGAGGACCAAGCGCGGGUCUGCGUGGCCGAUGUCAGGUCGGGGCUCAAAGUCAAGCAGGUACUCUCUCUGGACCCGAAAGAGGAGGGCAUAGAGAGGGUGGAAAUCGCCGACUUCGACGUGGAAUUAAGCCCGGAGAUGCAUGACCUGCGCCGGGAAGCUGACUUCAUUCGGAGGUAUCGCCGUGCUCUUGACUCGGAAGGAACUGCUGCUGCCGUCAACUUCGCCACCGACUACAUCGAGGCUUCAUCGGAACGACGAAGGCUUCAUAGACAGCUUGGUGUAGUUGAGUCUGACGAUGACCCACAUGGCCUAACUGCUCACGAAAGACAAGUUCUCGAGGCUUUGCGGACAACAAGGCAACGAGACGAAGCGCGCGAGCAGGGAACUGCACCCCGAAGUUUAAACUACAUGGCUUCGGGGCCCGGAGAGGCCAGACGGUACGGUGGCAGCUUGAUCUUUUUCCUUCCAGGUCAGGAGGAUGCUGACGAUAGUAAUAGGGAAAGGGAAGCCGCGGCGCGGCGCAACAUGGCCGAUACCUUCACCGAAUUUAUGUCAGAGAGUGCUCGGCAGCUCAACCAACUGCACCAGCGCACUGCUCCCCGCCGGCAGGCUUCUGUGAUCGUCUCCAUUGACGACAAUGGGAUCACGGGUACUCCUCAAGCCAACAUCACGGGUACGGCGACUACCAGGUCGCCCAACCCGAUUCCAGCCCACGCCCGGCGUGACAACAGCGAGAUCAUAGCAUCUACGGACGACGCCUGGCGCACUAUCGAGGAAGCUCUUGCGCGCAACGCUCGGGCCGCAGACAACGUGCGUAGUUCUGCUGCACCCGAACUUCGCACCGAGCUUCGUCGCCUCCGACAGCUCACGCAGAUGCGGGAGCGGCUCCGCAAUGCACGCGAGGCACAACCCCUCGAAUCCUAUGGCCUUGGUGGGCUGGGAUACCGGCGGUCCAGUCGCAACUUUCUCGACCCCGCGCUUGGGCUGCGAACUGCUGGCCUUGCGAUGAGCCAGGACGGGCGCAAGCUCUACUGCGGGACGGAGGAAGGCAUAUUCGAGUUUCAUAUCAACCUGCAUGAGCGGAAAGGGUUCCCGGCGAUCAAGCCCCGGUAAGGGAGAGGAGGGGGGGAGGGUAAGGGUAUUCGCAAUUUUGGCAUCGGAGUCCUUUGGCUACUGCGGAUUGUGUAUUUGUUGUUCAACCUGACUUUUGGCUCUGGUAAUUUAUGGACGACACGGCAGUUGCACCGGGUAUGGGUCAUUACUAGCAAGCAUUGGCGCAGAGGACGGAGGGUCGAGGGUCGAUGUUCUUUGUAUGUUCUUCCUUGGUAGCUGUUGGAUGUCGGGAUUAGUAUGAAUACCCUGGUAUACUAGGCAGCCAAAAGCGCUUUCCUCUCUUCCGA